AUGGCACAAGGCCAUCUCAUCCCCCUCUUCCACUUAGCAAAGCUUAUAGAACAGAGAUACCCAGACUACACCAUCACCAUUGUUAACACUCCUCUCAACAUCCAAAAGCUUCAAUCUUCACUCCCUCCAAACUCCAACAUCCAUCUCAUAGACCUUCCUUUCUCAAGCUCCAACCAUGGUCUCCCUCCCAACUCUGAGAACACUUGCUCCUUGCCAGCUCACCAAAUCCCUCUCCUCUUAGUAACCACUGAGUCCUUGGAACCCCACUUCAACCUUCUCAUCUCCAACAUGAUCAAUCUGGCAUUUGGCUCUGCAGCCUUCAUGUCAAUCUGGCAGCAUCUCCCUCACACUAAGACAGACGCUAUGGAGUUCAACAUCCCUGGCUUUCCCUCUUCUUUUCGACUUCAUCGGUCUCAGCUUUCAAUUAAUAUGAGGGCAGCUGAUGGUUCUGAUGCACUCUCUAUCUUUUUCCAGAGAAUUUUCCAGGUCCAAAAAACUUCUGAUGCAAUUCUUUGCAAUACUGUGAGGGAGGUUGAGUUAUUUGGGUUGCAGUUGCUCCAGUGUACCAUGUUGUGUUGUGGAGGACGAGCGAGCUGCUGA